AUAUAUAUAUAUAUGCAUAAAAGCACUUAUACACACAUACCUGCCAACAGCUGCUUCUGCUGAUUAAACCAGAGUGUAUGUGUGCAUGCACGCAUAUACAUAUACAUAUACAUUUUAUUGUUUUUAUUUUAAAAAGCUUGUGAUUAGCUACCUUCUGUGAACAGAGUUCCUCUUCAUCCACAACCUCUGACGAUGUUCAGUUGAAGCCAGCUGCUUUCCAGCUUUUAGAUUCACAUUUUUUUUAAAAAAAUGGCUUCAUAUAGAUUCAGGACAGAGAUUGUAUUUCUAGUUUUAAAAACAACAACUAUGAAUGCCCCAAAGGAAGAGAAAUUGCAGAGGGGAGGGUGCAGGCAGGGGUCUUCAGAAAUGGAAUUUUCCUCUUCGGCUAAUCAGAAACAGGGGCAAAUCUUUAUUUCCUUCUUUGGGGGCAUACUGACUUGCCUUGAAAUACAGGAACCAACAAGCAAACCUCUGGGCUUUCUUCUGCAUGGAGAACCUCUCCCCCACUCCCCCCACCCCAGGGACAGUUACUGGGGCAGUUUUCCUAGAAAGCCUGCUGUAAUAUGACCCCCUUUCUGAGAAACCCAGCUUGUGGGGAGAGGAGGAGCUUUUGGAAAGAAGGAGGGGGGAGAGAGAGGGAAGCUUGGACCAACGUGUUCGUCCUCAGGAGACUCCCAGCCGUUACAAAACACCCAGGGUUUGCCCACAGCCCAGUCAAAACAAGCAGGGAUAGGAUUACAGUACCAUGGCCACCUGCCUGGGGAACACAGCAAGACACCAAAACACGGGGUGGGGGGAGAAAAGGGGUGACCUUGGCGAGAAAGAUGGAGAAGGGAAGGGCAUGGUUUUCCAACCGGAUUAUAUUUGUACCCAGCAGCGUCUACGGCGCCCACCCCUCCUCUCCCCUCCCCUCCCCAUCAUACGCGGCCAGGUCUUUACUAUUCAACAGCCCAUGCCCUCCCACCCCACCCGCGCACCCAGGCGCGCGCGCGAGGAUGUCACGCUAGACAAUGCCACGCGGGAUGGUCCCUUCUUUGCGCUUCCACCCGGAGAACCAAGAGCGAGAGAGAGAAACAGCAGCACCCCGUCAAGCGGCUCCGCAGUCAAGAAAAAGCGACCGAGAACCAUCGCUGAAAGUCCCGGCAAAAACCGCGAGGGUCUGCUUCAAGUAUCCGGCGUAGCUUCAAUGAUCCGUCUCGGGCUCCGCAGUCGCGCCCGGUCGCCAGCGCCUCGGCGUCCCUCUUCGCGCGUAACGGAUCUGGGAGGCCGAAGGGGCGAAGUCUCUUCCCCACGGCGCCCUCCCGUAGCUCGGCGGAGGAGAAGCGGGGCGGCGACCCCAGGGCCAGGCUGCGUCCCGGCGGGUUAAGGCAGGGCUUGCAGAGAGGCGACGGCGAAUGCUGCGCCCGCGUCUCCUUUGCCGCUACUGCAGCGGCAGCAGC